UGUUUUCCUUUAGGUUUCUAGAGAUGGGCGCAAGAGAGACCCUUGACUUUCUUCUGUAUGGUUAGGUCCUGGUGAUGGUCUUUGAUCAAUCUCAUGGUAAAGUAAUACUUCAGGAAGUUGACCUAUCCUCCUGAUAAAGAGAAAGAACUGAAAAUGAAGCUCUGAUAAGCACACUCCGUGGCAUGGUUUUGGCCCGUACCAACUAGCACACUCCCAGAUGACACCUAUGGCAUGAUUCAGGAGAUGGCGUGGGCGAGGGACUGUUCUCAACAGGCAUUAUUGAAAAGACUGUAAAGGAGUUUGGAGUACCACAAGAUGUCAGACACAAAAGAAAAGAAGUUGUUGUCAGCUCAGUUGUGCUGUUCUGCACAUAGCAAACAUCAAGCAGAGUAUCUGCUUUUCUCCAGAGAGUUUAAGGAGAUGCUCUCUUUUCUGAGAAGAGCCCAGAGUCUCGAGUAGUUUGCUGGGGAAAAAAGACAAAGAGAUAAAAAACACGGUCAAACAUGUGACAUUGGUGACAGAAGAAGAACAAGAAUGAUUACUUAUCCAUAACUCCCAGCAGUAUGUCAGGGUAUAUACCCAGUUACUUAGACAAGGAUGAGCUAUGUGUAGUAUGUGGGGACAAAGCCACCGGAUAUCAUUAUCGCUGCAUCACUUGUGAAGGUUGCAAGGGUUUUUUUAGAAGAACCAUUCAGAAGAACCUCCAUCCAACCUAUUCCUGUAAAUACGAAGGAAAAUGUGUGGUAGACAAAGUAACAAGAAACCAGUGCCAGGAAUGUCGCUUCAAAAAAUGUAUCUUUGUUGGCAUGGCAACAGAUUUGGUGUUGGAUGACAGCAAGCGGUUGGCAAAGAGGAAGCUGAUAGAAGAAAAUCGCGAGAAGAGACGUCGGGAAGAGCUGCAGAAAACAAUCGGGCACAAACCAGAGCCAACGGACGAGGAAUGGGAGCUGAUCAAAAUUGUUACCGAAGCACAUGUGGCCACCAAUGCCCAGGGAAGCCACUGGAAGCAGAAAAGGAAAUUUCUGCCAGAAGACAUUGGACAAGCACCAAUAGUCAAUGCCCCAGAAGGUGGGAAAGUGGAUUUAGAAGCCUUCAGCCAGUUUACAAAAAUUAUCACACCAGCGAUUACAAGAGUGGUGGAUUUUGCCAAAAAGUUGCCUAUGUUUUGUGAGCUGCCAUGCGAAGACCAGAUCAUCCUUCUGAAAGGCUGCUGUAUGGAGAUCAUGUCCCUCCGUGCAGCAGUUCGCUAUGACCCUGAGAGUGAGACUUUAACACUAAAUGGGGAGAUGGCAGUGACAAGGGGCCAGCUGAAAAAUGGGGGUCUUGGAGUGGUGUCCGAUGCCAUUUUUGACCUGGGCAUGUCUCUCUCGUCAUUUAACCUGGAUGACACCGAGGUUGCGCUUCUUCAGGCUGUUUUGCUUAUGUCAUCAGAUCGCCCAGGUCUUGUCUGCGUCGAGAGGAUAGAAAAGUGCCAAGAGGGUUUCCUCCUGGCUUUCGAACACUACAUUAAUUACAGAAAACACCACGUUGCACACUUUUGGCCAAAACUGCUGAUGAAAGUGACAGAUCUGCGGAUGAUCGGAGCCUGCCAUGCCAGCCGCUUCCUGCACAUGAAGGUGGAAUGCCCCACUGAACUCUUUCCUCCACUCUUCCUGGAGGUGUUUGAGGAUUAGAGACUGGAGCACUCCUGCAUCCUCAUAGCACUACUGGCUGCCAUUUCAUUCCAUCGCCCGGCUCUUCGGACGUUUCGUUUGUUCUCCUUACCUUGUUCUGCUCUGUUUCUUGAGGCAGGGUUGGGUUUCGGGUUGGGUUGCUGGGGAGCUGUUGUAUACACAUGGAUGAGAACAUCCCUUUAAUGCGGGUACUUGUGACUAUUGCAGUUUGUUCCUCGGUCCUUUGAUGUGAAUGCUUUGACAGCUUAACAGUGAAAAUAUAAACAGACCAAUCUCAUUCACCAGCAUUAUGUGGUCACCAGCUCACGUGCAUCAUUACUUGGAGAACUUGGGAGAUAAAUUGAAGUGGCAGAAAAUAAAUUGAUCCCCAGAUUAAAGCAGCUAUUGCUAACUUGACCUUGGCAAUUCUGUCCAGUAUUUUGCAGGGCGCUAGUGACCGUUUCAUGAGAUGAAAUUUCUGUAGUCUUCAUGGUUGUUUCUAUGGUAGCAAUCGCCAUUAUGAUCUAGGAUCUUUGUAAUCGUCAUGAUCCCGUCAUUAUCUGAGGACUGUCCAGCAGCUAUGGUUUAACUGUGCCCCGUAAAUCAAAUGUUUAAGAAAUACAGAGAGGUAGAAGAGACUGACUCAUUUUCUUUCCAUGUGUAUAAAAAAAAA